AUGUUCAGCCGGCUUACCCAGGUAGCCAAACACCUUUCGCGUCCCAACCGCUCUGCCGCCUUCCUUCCGCCACCGUCUACUUUGGUCACGUCAUCCAUCAUGGCAAGCGCAACACCGCAGCAGAAAGCACUUAUACACACGGCGGCGUGCUUGAUUAUCGGCGACGAGGUGCUUGGAGGCAAGUGGACACCAAUUCAGUAAGACUUUCGCAACCCACAUGCGAAUGUACUGCUUGCUGCCAUGUGCAUACGGAUCGUCCAUGGACAUGGCGCACGCGUGCGUUCGGACUUGGUUCACAAGCAUAUGGUCUAACACUCCCACCCCGCCCAGGCAUACUUUGCUAAAUUCUGCUUCUCGCUCGGCAUCAAUUU